AUGGGAUUAUACCUGGAUUACGUCACUACGCUCUCACUGCGAUACUUCACAACGCGCUUGGUCACCACCCUCAACUCGAACGAUGGAUUCAUAUGUGUUGUCUCACCCAUCGUUUCGUAUAUCGGCUCUCCAAAUACUUUGGAAUACAGGGAUUAUGUCCUCAAGUUUGUAUUGAUCGGCGACGCGGCAGUCGGCAAGAGCAGUCUGCUCGUACGUCUCACCGACCAGCGGUUCUUGACGAACCCAGACGCUACUUUGGGCGUCGAAUUCGGCAGCAAGCUUAUCCAUAUUCCAGACGAAGAUAAGACUAUCAAACUCCAAUGUUGGGAUACCGCCGGCACCGAAUAUUUUCGUUCUAUCACGCGCUCGUAUUAUCGGGGAGCGGCUGGUGCAUUGCUCGUGUACGACGUGACGAACCGCGCGUCGUUUGAGCACGCAGAGGACUGGCUCAAGGACGUGAGGGAGCAUGCUGAUCCAAAUAUGACGUGCAUUCUCGUCGCGAACAAGGUGGAUCUCGUCGGUGACGAAGACGAGGUCGCGACGGCGAGCGCAAGAGCUAGUUUAGAUGUUCCUGCGGAUGGGAAUUCUAGGAAGAGUAUGGAUGGAACAAGCACGAUUGGACGACGGAGCAAGAAGAGGAGAGAAGUUUCAAAGGACGAAGCACAGGCGUGGGCACAGGAGCAUGGCGUCCUGUUUAUCGAGGCCUCUGCAAAGACAGGAGUCAACGUGGAAGAGGCGCGUAUGGCGUUUGAUCAAGCGGCACGAGAUAUUCUGCGAAAGAUCAAGCAAGGAGUAUACGACGAUGGAAGUUCUGGUGUCAAGUCUGGCAAGUCUGGUGCGAACCGAAAGUCGAAUGUGAACCCCAACAAUACCCUGUCUCUGGAAACGGCACCUCAGCGCAGCGGGUGCUGCUAG